CAGCUCAUCCAUCAGAGAAAUGACACUGAUUCAUCAGAGAAUUUACAUACAGACUCUGAGGAAAAUACUUUUCAAAAUAGUAACUUUGUCUCAAGCCAGGAUAUCCACAAAGGGAAGAAAAUACUCAGUUGUACAGAAUCUGAUAAAGAUUUCACACACCAGACAAUCCAAAGAGGGCAGAAACUUUCCUCUUUCACAGAAUGUUGGAAACAAUUAAAUUCUAAAAGCAGCUUUCACUCUCAGAAAAUCCACACAGGAGAGAAACCUUUCUCUUGUACAGAAUGUGGGAAAGCAUUCUGUUAUAAGUUCAACCUUCACACACACCAGAAAAUCCACACAGGAGAGAAACUUUUCUCUUGUACAGAAUGUGGGAAAGAAUAUUCUGAUAAGUCCAGCCUUCACAAUCACCAGAGAAUCCACACAGGAGAGAAACCUUUCUCUUGUACAGAAUGUGGGAAACAAUUCACUGAGAAGUCAAAACUUCACAGACACCAGAAAAUACACACAGGAGAGAAACCUUUCUCUUGUACAGAAUGUGGGAAAGCAUUCUGUUAUAAGUUCAACCUUCACACACACCAGAAAAUCCACACAGGAGAGAAACCUUUCUCUUGUACAGAAUGUGGGAAAGAAUUCACUGAUAAGUCCAGACUUCACAAUCACCAGAGAAUCCACACAGGAGAGAAACCUUUCUCUUGUACAGAAUGUGGGAAAGAAUUCUCUGAGAAGUCCAGCCUUCACAAUCAUCAGAAAAUUCACACAGGGCAGAAACGUUUCUCUUGUACAGAAUGCGGGAAAGAAUUCUCUAAUAAAAGCCACCUUCGUACACACCAUAAAAUCCACACAGGGGAGAAACCUUUCUCUUGUACAGAAUGCGGGAAGGAAUUUUCUCAUAAAAAACACUUUUACUCACAUCAGAAAAUCCACACAGGAGAGAAACCUUUCUCAUGCACAGAAUGUGGGAAAAAAUUCUCUGAAAAGUCCAGCCUUCGCACACACCAUAGAAUCCACACAGGAGAGAAACCUUUCUCUUGUACAGAAUGUGGGAAAGAAUUCUCUCAUAAGUCCAGCCUUUACACACACCAUAAAAUCCAUACAAAAGAGUAACCUUUCUCAUGUACAAAAUGUGGGAAAGAAUUCUCUGAUAAGUCCAACCUUUGUAGACACUAAAAUCCACACAGGAGAAAAACCAUUCUCCCCGGAACAGCGAGUAUUCCAAUUCAAUACACACAUCUUUUCCUGGCUGCUGGAUUCAUCUAUUCCAUGCUUCACCUGGGCAAGUUGUGAAUAGUGCACUUCUUCCAAACCACUGAGGAAGCUUGCCAGUGGCUCAACAACCCGUGGUGCAACUGAUAUGAGCAUCUCGUGGUUAGUAGGACCUACUUAUGUUUACCCUACAUGCACUAACCAAAGUAACUACACAACAGCUACAGACUAUGCACAAUGAGACUGUUUGGUAAGUGCGGAAACUCAGGGAAAAGGCGUAACAAGACUAUUGGCUGUUUCUUUUAUUUGAACUUGGCUACAAUGCACAAAUUUGGCCUCCAUAUAAGACUGUAGGUCAACCAGUGCAGAGUGGUACAUAUAGUGGGCAAAACAAUGCACAGGAGGAUUGAAUACCCAUUGGAGUAGUACUCAACAUAGAUGAUGCUUGCGUACACUGCUUAAAUCUAAUACAAGGCUAAACUGGUGCCUCAAAAGCAGUGAAGCUAUUGGAGCUCCAAAAAUACUCAAUGCAGUAUUUGAGGUCCAACUCUCCCUGGGAUUACAAAUUCUAAACAGAUGCCAGUAAGCAGACUCUUAUAGGAAAAAGUGGAUAAGAUGACAUUGGUACUAUGGACAAGGAUUUUCAUCGCUGUUCAUUAACCUGGGCACACUGUUAAGCUGGAAACUUAAAGUAACAAGGUGCAUGCAGGACAUAGGGCAAAUGGUCUUCAAGAUCUAGCUAUUGUAAUAUCACCUGGAAAGGCUCCCUGGCAGUG